UUUUUGUUUCUUUCUUUUUUUUAUUAUAAUAAUGUCUGACGAGAAAAGCAAAAGACCUUCAAACACCGCUUUUAAACAACAACGUCUUAAGGCUUGGCAGCCACUUUUAACACCAAAGACUGUCUUGCCAACAUUGUUUGUUGCAGGCAUCAUCUUUGCUCCGUUAGGUGGUUUAUUUCUCUAUGAGAGUGAGACAGUAAAUGAAGUUAUUGUAGAUUAUACCCAUUGCAAAGAUGGAAAUGCUUCAGCAGCUUCUUUGGAUUCUAGUUUAUAUUCCUACAAGUUUACUGAUGAAGGGACAAGCCAGAUGUAUGCACCUACCUAUCGAUUCAUAGCCAACACAACAGAAGGAGAACCAGGCACAUGUAUUGUUCGAUUUACUGUACCUAUUUCAUUACAAACACCUGUCUUUCUUUAUUAUCGUCUUACCAACUUUUAUCAAAACCACCGUAAAUAUGUAAAGAGUCUCAGCUACAAUCAACUUCAUGGCGAUGUAAUUUCUGCUCCAGAAGCUGCCAGUUCAUGUUCACCUGUAGGUGUUGCUCCCGACAAUAAAAUCUAUUAUCCGUGUGGUCUUAUUGCUAAUUCUAUGUUUAAUGAUACAUUUGUUGUUACGCUUGUCAAUCCUGCUGGAGGUACCACCACAACCAACAUGAAUUUCAGUGAAAAAGAUAUUGCAUGGCCAUCUGAUAAAAAACGACUUGCCAGCACACAAAUGAAUCCAGAAGAUCUUGUGCCUCCACCCAACUGGCAAAAACGCUAUCCUAAUGGGUAUACUGCAGACAAUAUUUUCCAGCCUCAAGAAGAUGAACAUUUCCAAGUUUGGAUGAGAACAAGUUGGUAUCCUACUUUUAGAAAACUUUAUUCUGCUUUGAGAGAAGGUACUCUUGAAGCAGGUACUUAUGAAGUCAAUAUUACUUUGAGUAAGUUCUAUUCUCUAGAGCGACAAUGAGCUGAUCCAUGGUAGAUUAUGAUAUUACGGCUUAUGGU